AUGGCCCCAGCAAUACUCAACUACUUUACCAGCAAUGCCACGCCCGCCAAGUCCGAGCGGGAGGAGCCUAUUCGUGCUCUCCCUGCCAGCUGGUACAACUCGAAGGAAAUGUUUGAUUUAGAGAAGCGUGCUAUCUUCUCGAAGAAGUGGCAGCUCAUUACACAUAAGAGCAGGCUACCGAAUCCUGGAGAUUGGAUCAAGUUCGACAUCACAGGCUACGAGUUUGUGCUUGCCAGAGACAGGAAAGGCACCAUCAACGGCUUCCAUAACAUCUGUCGACACCGAGCAUUCCCGGUCAUUCAGGGCAAAGAAGGCAACGCUAAGAUAUUUGCUUGCAAGUAUCAUGGUUGGAGCUAUGGCCUUGACGGAAAGCUCGCCAAAGCACCCAAAUAUGAUGAGCUCGACAACUUCGAUAAGUCCCAGAAUGGCUUGUUCAAGAUACACACAAGAGUAGACAGCAAUGGCUUCAUCUGGGUCAAUCUGGACGCCUCCGAGAAUCCCGAACCUUGGGAAGUUGAAUUUGAUGGCGUAGACAGGCAGGAGAGACUGAAGCAGUACAACUUUGACGACUACGUGCUUGAUCACGAGUACCAGAUGGACGGCCCAUACAACUGGAAGAUUCUGGCUGACAACUUCAAUGAAUGCUAUCACUGUCCGACGACUCAUCCUGACAUACCACAGCUUGCAGAUAUUGAGACACUGGACACUGAGGGCAAGCUUGGUACUAUCACGCACAAGUCAGCACAGACUGAGGAGCAGAAGCGCGACGGGCUGGCGAUCUCCAGCAAUUACUUCUUUCCGAAUGUUUCGGUCUCUGUCUUACCACAUUUCAUCAUGCUCCAACGCUUCCUCCCUACAGGACCCUCUUCUUCAUCUAUGCACUACCAAAUCUUCCGGAAUAAGCACUCUCCACGCGAGUCAUUCGAGCUCAUUGCGAACCUCUAUGCACGCGUUGUAUCUGAAGACAAGGCGCUUUGCGAGCUGGCGCAGCAGAACCUCAAUGCGGGGAUUUUCGUGAAUGGGGAACUACAUCCGAGAUUGGAGAAGGGCCCACUGUACUUUCAGAAGGUGAAUAGGGAGGUGAUCAGGAAGCAUUACGAGAUGGAGAAGAAGUUGGGACGGGAGGUAUGGCCAGCUAGGCAGGUCGUGGGCAGGACGAGUGUGGGCGGCGGCGUAAGUGUAGAAGAUGAGGAACUGUGCGAAGGGCUGUGUAGCCGCGGCGGUAGCAAGGCAGUCGAGUGGUGA